AUGAUAAGGAUGAAUGCAAAAAGGGAAGCAGCACAGAGGUGGGAUCAUGCAUUCGGACCAAGAAUUGUGAAAAUCAUUGAGAAGGGUAAGUCUGAGGCAAGGUAUUUGAAGGCAGACUAUGCAGGUAACCAUAAAUUUGAGAUAAGCAGCAGAGACGGUUUGAGGUGGAGCGUUGACUUGACAAAACAUUCAUGUGCAUGCAAAAAAUGGCAGCUUACUGGAAUACCAUGUCCCCAUGCAAUAUCAGGCAUGCUUUCUAGGGAUAUUGGCAUAUAUGAGUACAUCAACCCAUGGUAUAACAAGGAAACAAGCCUCAAGUGUUACUCCCCGGUGAUCCACCCGAUGUCAGGGCUUGAACUGUGGCCAAAAUUGGGAAAGCAUCAUCUCAAUCAACCCAGAAGAAAAAAUAGGCUGACAGACCCAAAAAAAUGA